AUGGAUGAAUCAUUUUGCCCUAGAAUGGUCAGACGUAUAUCAGGGAUUGAGAGUCUCAGAAUUAAUACUUCUGUGCCACAAUAUAUGUCGCAGGCGACAAGUAGCUCGGCACCGGAAUGUCGAUAUCCCAUAUCAGACUCUCCACGCGCCUCAAUACAUCUUGAUUUUGGUGAAGUCAGACGUACCGGGUCAAUGUCGCCAACCAGAAAUCGUCUCCAAAAAUACUUUUGGCUUCAUCAUCAACACACGAGACGUAUAGUUAUCAUGAAGAGAAAGAUCAUGCGGAGAAUUUCCACUCCAAUGAGGUCCACUUUAAUGGCUUUUCGGGGACGCAGUUCGACUAAGAUCAGACGAAUGAUAGUAUCUGAACCUUUCAACGUCGCAAAAAUCGUUGAUGGCCAAGCAGUGCAGAUGGCCAGAUAUCAUGAGUUACCGGUAGCUCCUAGAAUGCCAUGCCUUCCACUCAGCUCGAAUCCGGCCAACUUCAGUGAGCUCGAAUCACCAAGUCCAAAUUCACAAUCCUCAUUGUGUCUUCACAAUAGCUUGCCCCCGUGUUUCACUAUCAAGCUUCCUAAAUUGACAGCAACUACUGUAGAAGGUAGGAAAGUCGAUCCUUUAAUCCAACCACACCGUUCAGUCAGAAUACCCCCGAUGUUCACCACAGAAGCGCAAGCAACCCUGAACGAAACGCGGGCUUGGAAAAUCUACGCGGAAAAAACACACAAGGCCUAUAUCAAGCUCAGUAACGCAGUCCGAGAAGUAGAAAACAUGGACAGACAACUUGAGGAAGAGAUUCAUCAACUCAAAGACAAGAACGAGCAACUCGAAGAAGAGGUGCGAGAGAUUCGCGCGGCCCGUGCCGCUCCAAGUCAACAAAAAGCCUUUGCAGACCACUUCAAAAUGUUGUUCGAGAGAGAAUCGAAAAAUGUUGAAUUUCUUGAAAAUGAACUCCAGAUUGCACUCAAACACUCAGCUGAAGAGUCCAAGAAGGUUGUCAUGCUUGAGAAAAAUGUUGAACUCGCAAUCAACCUCGCAGAUGCAUCCACAGCAUUAGCUGAAACCCUCCAGGCCAAUGUUCUAAAGCGAACAAUAUCACAAGAAUCAUCGAAAUCAACUGAAAGCUGGAGCCAUUCAGAUGAAGCAGAAUUCCACACGGUUAAACUUCUCGUUGACUCUUCAUCUGCUACAAAGGCUCCUUUGCUCGACCGCGCUGACUGGAUGACAGCAGCGCAAAUCUUGGAACUCCCUGUUCCCGAGAAUCAUUCAGAUCUCGAAGUCUGGGAGGGAAUUCCAUCAGAAAUCGAUUCUCCGACUCUGAUCGAGCUCCCAAUCACUCCCGAAUCUCCAAUCGAGCUCCCAGCCUCCCCCGAAUCCCCAAUUCAACCGAGCCCUACAUUCACCCUCAAGACUCUCCUCUGUCCCACCGUUUGCCGUAUCCCCAGUUCUUCAUCUCUUACACUUAGCUCAGCUGCGUCCGCAGGUCUAUAUUGGUGUCCAAGGUUGGCUACAUGGGAAUGGUGCAGCGUGCCGGAUUUGAGAUUGACAGACUUUUUGAAGGAGGACAAGAAGAGAAGAAGAUGCUCGGGUAGAGUUUUCGAGGGAACAGAGUUGGCGAGUUUCAGAUUGGGUGAUUGCUCUGGUAGCAGUCCUUGA